CUAAAAUUGGGCUCUCCAGUUUUUAAAUUAUUAAUAUAACGGCUGGAUAAAUGUGUAUUUUUCUCUCAGGUUGAUGGUGAAAGCUGAGCUUUUGAACCGAUCAAUCCUCUCCCUCUUUAUCAGUCACGCUGCUGGAGGAGUCUAUAAACCCAGUGGACUCAUCACAUAGUCUAAGUUCAUGACAGCAGGACAGAAAACACAGCGACAACCACAAACUCCAGCCAGCAGGUCCACACCACUUCUUCCCACAUUCAUCCCGCUGCCGUGAAGGUGUGGACUUCAGGGACAUUAAUCAGUUACCUGGGCGUGUCGUUGUCGAGCUCACGAAGGGAGUUUCGACACUCUCUUCCUGUCCCGUCCAGGUCGAUGUCAGUCUUUCUCUUUGGAUGUUGAAGUUUCAACGAGACGACGGAGGGAAGAAAACACGGAUACUUUGAGAGCAUGUUAAGCAAAAACAAAGGUAUGUUCAUCUUUUUUUCUUUCAGGUAAACUUGAUAAUAACGUAACGACACAAACGGAGCAGACUGAGGGAUCUGUGCAGGGAUUACUGAUUAAAACGCCAAGCCUCAACAAGUUUAUAUGCGUCAGUUAAAUCGGUUAUUAUGAACUAAUGCACCAAACCAAACUAACUCUCUAGAGUAACAGUCAUCUGAGCUAAGUUAAUCAGUAAUUUAAAGAAAUCUUACCUUUAUGAAUCCUUUUAUAAAUGUUAAAUACUUUGAUGUAGAGUAAUUUCCAAAGUAUGCCAACAAAGUUCAGGUUUUAGGGGAGAGUGGGGUAAGUUGAGCCACCCCCUGAUGCUUGGACAUGGUAAAAGAAAUUGCUCAUGUGACCAAAUAUUUAGGAGAUGGACAUCAAUUCAUGGAGUCUGUGAAGGUUAGAAGCACAUGGAUGAAGGGGUUAGACAUUUAUUUAAAAAACAUUUUUCAUUCUUGAAGUGAACUUAGUCUGUCAUAAGUUUUAUUAGAAUUGUGUUCAGACCAAAAAAGAUCAUUUUAAAUUUGUUUUAGAUAUCAGUUGUGGUAUCUAUGAGCCACAACAUGAGGUCAAAACAUAACAUAAAAGUCCACCAUUUUAGCUUAGAGGACUAAUCAAGUCAUAAUAGUAGUUCUGGGGUAAGUCAAGCCAGUAGCUCAACUGAGAAAGUAAAGGAGUAUGGGGAUGAGACCACUUUUUUUUGGCAUGUUAUAUUAUCAAGACAGUUCUGUUUACACUCAUUCUGUUGGUUUGCAGGGAUGAACAACACCCUGAAAUAUAUACAGAUACACUAGUUAGAGACAAAACUGUGAUUGCCUUGAUGUAGUGAUCCCAAGUAUGAAAAAUGGCUCAUCUUACCCCACUCUCCCCUAUAAGUUUUUGAUUGUUAUUGGGGUUCUGAGUGAAAACAGCUUCAUUUUCUGCUCAACACUGUUGUUUACAGUCAUUGUGUACAUGUGGUUCUUUUUCACCGUCUACACCCUGUUGUGUUUUCUUUCAGUUUGAAUAAAUCAUCCUGUCUGACAACACUGUGGAUGGUCCCUCCAUCAGAACUACUGCAAGACAAUCACACUGAAACAGAACAGUCAUCGAGUUUGCAAAUUCUUCAUGGACUUUGGAAGAGCCUCUAUGGCGGACUGAGACCAUGACAUUAUCCCAAACUCGCUAACAGCUUCUGGAUAUAAGAUGCAACCAGAAGGUCCUCCUGCUUCACCAUCUCCUCCACCUCCUCCUCCUCCAUGUAUCCCUGCUCCUCCACCUCCAGCACCACCUCCUCCUCCAUGUGUCCCUGCUCCUCCACCUCCACCACCACCUCCUCCUCCAUGUGUCCCUGCUCCUCCACCUCCACCACCUCUUCCCGGUGUCCCACCUCCUCCACCACCUCCACCUUUUCCAGGUAUCCCACCACCACCACCUCCUCCAGGCCUCCCUUCAUCCUUCCAUGGCUUCGGAAACGGGGGGCGUAGGAGCUCCAGGAUGCGUAAUUUUAACUGGGAGACCCUUCCCAAACAGAGCGUGCUGGGAAAGCACAACAUCUGGACAGCAGAUAAAACAGACGGAGAAUACGAGCUGGACACGGAUCGCAUGGAGGAACUGUUCAGCCGCAAGCAGGGCCAGCAACAAAUCAAGGCCUUGAACCGCCAGAGUCUGAGAGGUCUUCCUAAUUCUGCCUCAGGAGGAGAAAUUGUGAGUACAGCCAGUCUGAGGACACAGGUGCUGCAUCAGAGUUGCACACUAACACCAAGGCUCUGUAGCAAUAACCUGCAAUCCUAUGUUUUUUAUUUUGUUGUGUAAUGACAGGAAGCAUGUUGCUCAGGCUUAUUCAUGUUUCCCUAUAAUUAAAAAAAAACACUGCAGGAACUCAAAGUGUCUUGUUAAACAUCAGAGGGGAUGGGUUGAAAAAAGAAAGCUUCUUUAUCAAGCCUGGUCCUCGCUUCUAAGUGAGGCAAAACAAAUUAUUUAUCUAUUGUAUAACAAAAAUAGUCAUUGCAGGUAUAACGUAAUGUGUCUCUUAGAAACUCAGUGUUUUGAUCAUCAUUCAAUACAAGGGUGGAGUCUCCUUUCCUGUGAUCUGUUUGCUUAAGGAAGGUGUAAUUGUGUUCUCAUACAGCUCUAUUUUUCUACUGCAGCUCACCGUUCUUAUUUGUAAUCCUUAGUCAGCUUAUUGUAUAUAUAAAACCUGGAUUCUUGCCCUGAAUUUAGAGGCCGGUCUCACCAGGAACAAUCACAAACAAAGGCGUUUUUCUGCACGUCUAUUUAUAACUAUCCCUCUAUAGGUUCCUUGUGGGUUACAAAACUUUUACUUUGACCUAUGUCCCCCUUUCCAAGAGACAAAAUAAGAGACAAAAUGAGGUAUCUUUUCACUGACUGUUCAAUACAAUCAACUCAAAGAAUCCUCAACCUUUGUUCUGUGUGGAAAGCAUUGACACAGACGACUCUCUGAUCAGGCCAAUAGUAAAAUUAUCUUGACAAGCUGAUUACAAUCCUGUUUUUUUUCUUUGUGUAUGUGUGUGUCCACUCCCAGGUUACCAUCCUCAACUCCAAGAGGAGCAUGAACGUAGGAAUUUUCCUGAAGCAAUUCAAGCGGUGAGUCAUUGUCAGUAUUCCUGAGGUGUGAUUGUAUUUUUGCACAAUCCCGGCCAUGCUCCUGGUGUUAAAGCAGCACAGGAUGAAGCAGACAGAUGAGUGUGCAACAUGACUGCUACCUCGUGAAAGUCGACAUGUCCCAACAGGUCUGAUGUACACUGUCCUACAGCUCCGACAGGUUACCUCACUGUAGCAACUAGCAGAAUAUUUGUCGAGGAGCUAUUGUAAAUGUGUUGCCUCAGGCUGUUUGGCAUGUGUAACAGAUCUAACAAGAAAUGGAAAAUAUACACAGCUGUGAAAUAUGGCCUCCGACUGACAAAUUUAAAAACAGUUGAAAUUGAAUAUAGAUAGUCAAUCAUUCUUCAGGCCUGUGCUGUGUUUUUUCUGACCAUUUACAUCAGACAGGCCGCUGUUUCUCAACACUAUGUCAGCAGGUAGAGGCUUGUUUGUGCUUCGGCAAAACUUUUUAACUAUGCAAUAAUGUGUUCUGAAUAUUGACACAUCCCAGCGCAUGCUUCAUGGAGAGAAAACAAGAAAGGAUAAUUGUUGACACAUCUGUCUGUUCACCUCUCUCCACAGGCCUGUACAAGACAUGAUCGAAGAUAUUAAAUCAGGAAGUAAUCACAGUUUUGGUCCUGGAAAGCUGAGGGAGUUGUGCAAGCUGCUGCCGGAAGAAGGGGAGGUACUCUGUCAGCUGCUUUAUUUAUUGUUUUAAUGAGGGCAGUGUGUCCCAUUAAUGUCUCAUACUCCUUCCUCUAAAAGCAACAGUAAACAAGAAUAACACUCCUUAAUAAUCGCAGGUGAAGCAGCUGAAUGGUUUUAAGGGUGACACCUCGGCUCUCCCAGAAGCAGAUCUUUUCAUGCUAAUGUUGGUCAAGACAUCCAGGUGAGUGAGCUACCUUAAAGUCAUUCACUGUAAAUGUCAAAUUUUAGAGGAAGGUUCAUUAAAAUGAAAAUCUCUUGUCUGUUAGAUAUGAAGAGCGUCUGAACGGGUUGGUACUCAAAGAGGAGUUUUUCCCUCUCAUGGAUGAAUUGAAAGAGUACAUCAACACCUUGACAGCAGCUGGGACAGGUAUUGCUUCUUUCCUCUAGGGCUGGGCGAUAUGGCCUCAAAUCAAUAUUACGAUACAUUGAGCAGUUCACCUCGAUAACGAUAAAUGGACGAUAACUACUCCACAAGCUGCUCACCCCCUCCCACAUUAACUUUGUCUACCUCAGCCGCUCCAACUUUUGAGCUGUCCUCCAUCUCCUCACCUGUCUUUUCCUCUUUGUUACGGACUGGAUGGGUGGAGUUACGUCUUAAAAGAACAUGAGACAUCCAAAACCAACUUAAAAAAAUUUUUUUUUUUUUGACACAGAAUAUAUUGACAUGGGCAAAAUGACAUUGGUUAUUAUUAUACAUUUCGGUAUCGGUAAAUUUUCGGUUUAUCGCCCAGCCCUAUUUUCCUCAAUAAACCAUCUCAGAUUUUAACCAAAAAUGGGUUUGAAAAAGUUGAAUCUUGUAUGUUUUCUUCUUCUAACAGAGCUGUUGGAGUCUGAUCAUCUACAUUCUGUCAUUCGCCUGGUGCUGAAGACUGGAAACUACAUGAAUGCUGUGAGUGUUUGACCCAAAUGCUGAAAACAGAGUCUUCUGAGAUAUUUCUCAGCGUUUGGACUCAUUUGAUUUAUUUUCUAACAGGGCGGUUAUGCAGGGAGCGCGGUUGGCUUCAGGAUGGCUUCUCUGUUGAAGUUGGCGGACACCAAGGCGAACAAACCAGGAAUGAAUCUGAUGCAUUAUGUUGUAAUGGCAAGUAGCUGUAAUUAUUUUUGGUUUGAUUUCAGUUAAAAGUCACUUUUUCUGAUUUAUGAGUCAUUCCUGUGAGCUCCAGUUUUCAUACAACCUUCCCUCUUCACCACAGCAAGCUCAGAAAGCAGACAUGGCUCUGCUUACAUUUUCAGAUCAACUCCAACAUAUUGAAGCUGCAGCAAGGUAAGCAACCUCCUUUUAUAGAUACUCUGAAUUUUGUAGUUUCUUUUUUAGUUUCUGUAUCAUCAGAGUCCUCUCAUUUUUGUCUUUCAGAUUAAAUAAAGGUGACAUUGAAGCAGAGUUUCGAAAGCAGGUCCAAAAAGUACAGAAAGCCAAAGCGGACACGUCGAAGCAGGAAGAUUUAAAGGCACAGAUGGAGAAUUUCCUGAAGGUGAGAAGCCUUUUCCUGGACAAUUCAGCAACAUUUCGGUGAAUUUCUCUCAGGAGUAUAUAUUUUAAUGUUUUCAUUUGGGCUCCGUUUAGGAGGCUGAGGCCUGCCUGGAAGAAAUGGAGGCUGAUCUUGAAGAACUGCAGGCUGUGAGUGACUCUGUGGCUGAGUACUUCUGUGAAGAUCCAAACAAGUUCAAACUAGAGGAGUGCUGUUCAAUCUUCAGCUCCUUCUGUGAGAGGUUUAGGCGAGCCAUGCAGGUGAGCAUUUGUACUGGCAUGUUCGUCUUAGGCGAGGUCAAGGUAUGAUCGACUAAUUAUGUGAUUUUUCUGCAGGAAAACAGGGCGAGGGAGAUGGCAGAGGUGCAGCGGAGGCAGAGAGACAGACUGCAGUGUGCUGCCAAGCGCAGGUCCACAGCUACCUGUUCCAGCAGGGACAAAGAAAUGGAGGGAGUCGCGUUAGAGUCGAUACUGCAGACCUUCUUAACUAAACGUGUGUCCAGGAGGAGAAGUGGAAGACCCUCAUCCAUGCAUGGAAGCCCCCUAACAGGCAGCCCUAUCAACGGGAGCCUAACAGAAAUCACCUCCCAGGCUAACCUUCCCCCUGAAAACCUAAAGAAAGGACAACUUCUGAGAGUGCAGGAGAUGAGCAAGAAGGAGUGGAACUCAGCUCAUGAACUCACAGAGACCCCCAAACCCAAGAAAACUCCACCUGUUCACGAGGAGCAGAAGGAAAAAAGUGUCAUUCCUUCUGAAGAGGAGAUGGUACCAUCCAAAAAGAGGGAAUCUAAGGAUUUAUUACCUCCACCCAGUAGGACCACCAGUGUUUCAUCCUCGACCAGAACUUUCUCAGCAACCACAGACGAAGAUGAAGAUCUACAUGACAAUAACGAGGAAGAGGCCCAAAAGUUAAGGGAAGCAUCUAGAAAAGUUUUGCGCUUUCAGAAAAGCCGCAGCAGCGUUUCAUCUGGAGAAUUUUCUUUAGAAAACCAGAAAUCUCCCGGUACCAAAUUGAUUCGUCAGCAUACUUUUGACGAGGAGACAGAGAGGUAUCCUGGAGAUCCAACAAACGAGGACUUGGUUCGGUUUUUACUCAAUCCUCAACCCUCUUCUAAACGUAACCUUGGACGUCGCCACACUCUGCCUUCCAAAGUGCCGAAAACGGAAGAAAACGAAGACAAUCUGUUGCCUCUGUCUCCAUUAAGAACUCCUCAAUCUGCAAACAAAGAGGGAGAGCCAGCAGCUGCAGAGAGUGCUGGACACAAUAACUCAAAACAAGUGUUUGACUUUCCUGACCUGUCUCAGGAAAAAUCAGGUGAUCAGGAUCAGAAUCCUCCAUCUGCAGCAAAGAAAAGCUCGCCAAACGUUUCUGUCGCCCCCGAGGAAGGGCAAGGAGAAAAAUCCCAUAUUGUAAAAUCAGUGGAGGCCGGAGACAGUCAUGCACAGAAAAAUAUUGAAAAUAUUCCCCCUAGGAGUUCAUGGAUUAAGACUGACAACUCUGGAUUCUUUUAUAACUUUUUUAAACGUCUCGGAGAUAUAAGCAAACCGCCCACCAGCAAGGAGACCGUCCAGAAGGACAACGAAUCGAGUGUAUAGACUUUUAAACAUUUCAAGUCAGGGAGGCUUUUAAUUUUAAUUGAGGGAUGAUGGACAGUUUAAGGAAAGAGAGGAGAGGAAGUUGUUUUUGUAGAAAGUCCUCUUUGCAUGUUACCACUAGAUGGCAGAACGUGACAGUAAUGUAGACCGGAAAAAAGGGGGUGUUGUUUAUCUCCAGGCAUUUUUCACACUGUCGAGUAAACAGAACAAUGGGCAAACUCACUACUGCACAUUUUUAUUUAGUAUUGUACAUAUUUAAAGUUUAUUUAUAUCAGCACUGUUUUCCUCCAUUGACUAAACGGGUUGUACUGACAGUGUGCUCUUUGUCUGGAUUUAAAUUGACACUUUUACAGAAAGUAGAAAGAAAGUAAAUGAAUGUUUAUCAUGAGAGUAAGAGAGAAAAGAGAAAUGAAAGUUAUUUUAGAGUCAUGGAUUGAUUUUUAUUUUUUAUACUUUGAUAAAUGUCUUAGUUGUGCUUUGUAUGCCUGAAUUGAUUAUAGAGAUCCUUUUUUUUUGCUCUGUUGUUGUAUUUAUUUUCUUUGUUAAUGUCACACAAUCAAGUUGUGGAUGCUUUCAGGCUCUUACUCAAUCCAGCCAUUGUUUUGAGCUUAAAUGGGUCAGUGUUACAAAGACAGUCUGUGUGUGUGGGCAGAGCUGAACCACAGACUCAAAGUGGCAAAGUGAAGGGUAUUAACUCGAGAAAAGAUUACGGCGGUAAAAGCCCAACACCUAGUGGCUUACUCGAUGGAAAGAAAACAGCUUCCCCUAAAUUUACACCGACACACAGUCUGUGGCGGCGAACCCGACCAUUCAUCAGGCUCCACACGGGUCAGCGAGGCCACGAUUUGUGCCAAGAGAAGGAGUUGAGAAUGUAAGCUGACCUACUGGCACCUCUGAGCUGUUAAGAAGAGUUACAGUGAUUAGAUUUUAGGACUUUGUCCAGCUGACUGACUAAAGUUUGAAAAAUGAGAGAACAAAAAAGACUUUUUGUUUGAUUUUAUGUUUUAUUUCUUAUGAGUAACUGCUUUUACGGUGGAGAUGGACGGUUCUGACAUUACAUUGAAAUAAAUAGUAUUGUCCCUAAUUUGUGCAAUAUCAAACUGUUUUUCUUAUUUACAGUAAAGCCAAUCAGUAGACUGAUUAAUAUGUAUAAAACUAUGAGAUUUGCUGUUUAACCUUGUCCGUUUGAUCACUGUAAUGUCUGAUAUUAAAGCAUGUAUAAAGGUGAAAAACUCAA